UUGGAAUAAAAUGUAUAUUGAUGGAUAGUGUUUUUAUUGUAAUGUAUUGUAUUUCUCUUGAAUCGCAGACGACGUCGAAUUUUAUUCUUCCAGCAACGUCAUAUUUUGGUAAAAAUUCAUUAAUUCCUUUAAUUAAUACGAUCAAUGGAAUUUUAUAUACGGCGGUGAAACAACAGAUGUUAAGAUUGAGCGGAUUGAUUGGUAUUAUGGAGGUAUUUUGUAUAUCUCUUUUAUUGUAUGAUAUAGGUAAAAUUUUUUGGAGGGAAUGGUGUAUUUUUUUUUUAAAAAAAAAUGAAAUAGGGUGUUUGAUGUAUAUGAUAAGUAAAAAUAUUAUUACGUUUAUUAUAUCAUCUAUUUUUCAUACGAUUGGUACGACGGGAUUUCAAGUUCUUGAACAAUUUGUUAUUACAGAUACUUCAGAACUUUUGAAUAGAAGUCUUUUAAAUACUAUACUUAAUAUACCACUUCUUAUUAAUGUUUGGGUGGGACCGAAUUUAGCACAAAGUAUUUAUAUGCCGAAAUUAGAUAGUGAACAAUGGAGAUGGGGUUAUGGUAUAUGGGCAAUUGUUCUUCCUGUAGUAUCACUUCCUAUGGUUAUGAUAUUAUAUUUAAAUAGGCUUAAAGCUAAAGAGAAGGGUUUAUUAUCUAUAGAAAAUAAUCAUAGAAUGACAAUACGUGGAUUUAUAAAAAGGCUUUUUGUUGAACUCGAUCUUGUUGGAAUUAUAAUAUUAUCAUUAGGACUUUCUUUAUUUUUUUUUCAGUUAAUUCAUGAAUUUCCUUUACUUUAUAAUGCUAAACCAGUAUAUAUAUUUUCGAUACUUGUUAUAUUACUUGUUUUAUGUGUUGUAUUUCCAUUAUGGGAAUUUUAUUAUGCAAAAUUUCCAAUUUUUAGUAAGGGUUUGUUUAAAAUGGAAGAGUUAACUAUAGGAUAUUUUUCUUCAUUUUUUUACUUUAUGGGAUUUUAUCUUUACAAUAAUUAUUUGACUACUUAUCUCUAUGUUACCAAAUCUAAUUCAAUUAAAAGAAUUGGAUAUUUAAAUAAUGUAUUUUCAUUUACUUCAACCAUUGUUGCAAUAUUUGUUGAUUUUCAUAUAUAUUGGCUCACCAAUUUACAACGGAUGAAUCUGUAA